AUUUGUUUGUGUUUUUCUCUACAAAAUAGUAGUGUUGACGGCCUCCUGAGCCUUGAUUCACCUAAUUGUGGUUGCAGGGGUCGAGACUCAGCUCCUGGCCCCGCUGGAUGUGUCAGUGUGGUGCUCUGGGACCUUCAUUAUACUACCUGCGACACUUAUUGAGGCCUCAGUUACCAGAUUGUCUCCUAUAACAAGAUUUGGGCACUACACUAUUUCAGCCCUGGGCACCAGGAGGUGGGCUCAGUGCUGCUUCACUUAACUAUAACAACCAUAAAAAGAUGGCUGCAUCAGGGUCCAACUCUACGUCAGGGACAGAAUUCAGACGGAAAUGGGAUAGGGAUGAGUAUGAAUCCAUUGCUCAGCAGCGCUUACGUGCAGAAAGGGAAGCUACCCAAGCUCAAAAUCAGAAAGGUGUUCCUGUGAAGCGUGAACUUUUGAAGCAACGUGACUACAAAGUGGAUAUUGACUCAAAGCUUGGUAAGAGUCAGGUUAUAACUACCACACCAGCAUCACAGUCGGGAGGAUACUAUUGCAACGUAUGUGAUUGUGUCGUCAAGGAUUCGAUCAAUUUCUUAGACCACAUUAAUGGCAAAAAACAUCAGAGGAAUUUGGGGAUGUCCAUGCGUGUUGAACGUUCUUCAUUGGAUCAGGUCAAAAAACGGUUUGACUUAAAUAAGAAAAAAUUGGAAGAAAAGAGAAAAGAUUAUGAUAUAGAACAACGAAUGCAAGAGUUAAAGGAAGAAGAAGAAAAAUUAAAGGAGUACAGAAGAGAGAAGCGAAAGGAACGGAAGCGAAAAGCAGAUUCUUCUGUUGAUGAAGAUGCAAGUUCAGGUGGAAUGGACCCAGAAAUGGCAAAAAUAAUGGGCUUUUCAGGAUUUUCAUCAUCUAAAAAAUAACUUUUGUAACAUAGGACUUUUCUCACUCACAUUACUGGUGUGAUUGUACCUUGAUUUUGACAGUGCAAGUUAAUCUACGAUUAAAUACUAAAACUACCUAAAUUUUAAAUAUUGGUUUGUACAUAAAUGAAAAUGUUCAUUUAAUGAUGCACAAGAUUUGAUGUUAUAUAGUUUUUGAAAAUUAUUCAAACAUACGAUACUGUGUAUUAUCAUCCAUAAAUAAUGUACAUGUUAUGUCAGGUACAAUAAUGUUUACUAAAUAAAUUAUUUUGUAAAAUAAAUGUUACUCUCUAAUACUUCAUUCAACAUUUAGAAAUAAUGACAAAUAUUACAAUUAAAAUUUUACUACCCUAAUAUAAUGCAUUAUGGAUAUACUACUAUUUUGCUGAUGGUUCAGGUAUCAAUGGCCUGGGUCAGUCAGGCUGGAGUUAACAUGUAGUCUGUCAGACACCACAGCCUGGUAGGUCAGAAACUGCCUACCUGGAAAUUUUUGUUUAAGUUUUCCUUUCAAGGUAGGUGCCUUUAUCAGUGAAAAGCACUUAGUCCAAGGAAUUGCAGCCAUCCUACCUUGAAUGCCUUAUUACCAAGGUUAAGCCAA